GCGUUGUUUGGAGUGGACAGCCAACAUUUCUAAGUCGGUGUGAGAAAACAUGAAGAGAACGGCUUGUUUGCGCUGAAAUUCAUUCGAAGAAAAAAGAGAGAGGAAAUAUUACGAGGAGAGCAUUUUUUCUCUCUUCCCGCCAAGAAUAUAGACAGAAUGAAAGGGAUAAAAAUCAUAUUGUUGCUCGCGUUGGUUGAAUUGUACCAUGGCAGUGAGAUUCCUUGGCGUAAACACAACCACAGAUAUGAUUACCCUUUAGACGACCAAGCUUGCUCUCAAAAUCAACCAAGUUGCCAGGAAUGUUUGUCUAAAGAAGGAAGUUGUGAAUGGUGCAGUGAUGGAUCACUUACAAGUCAGUGUGUGUCGCAAGGAAGCGAAACUUGUCCGCGCAAAUACAGACAGACAGUAUGCAAUGCUCAAACAGCGGACAGCAGUAAAAGAGGGUCAGUUAUGGCGUACUAUGAUAAAUCUCUGGAUGAACUCAGUGUCGUAGACACUGUUCUGGCAGAUGAUUCGGCAGCCGGGAAUAGCAGUGUGGUGACAAUUAACGCCACCGCGCUCUGCGGCAGCCUUGGAGGUUGUGGGAACUGUACUGCGAAGGAGUUUUGCGUCUGGUGCCAGUCUAAACAAACCUGCCAAGUGUAUUACAAUUCUUCAACAGCAGAGCAGUCUUGCCCCAAGGAGAAAACAGCGUACAAAGGCCAAUGUAUUUAUCCAAUUGGUGUAAUUCCCUGCCACGAACGGAGAGGAUCAUGUAAAAGAUGUCUUAAUCAAGAUGCCUUGUGCUACUGGUGCUCCUCAACGGAAAAAUGUGCACGGUUUCCCUCGGUUAGUUUUGAACCAGACGAUUGUCCCAAAGAAGAUUGGCACAACAAUAAAUGCCCGACAGCAAAUGAUCUUUUAUGGGUUCUUCUUCCGAUAAUGGCCAUAAUUCUCAUACCGAUCAUUGUUUACCUCAUAAUAUGGUUGAUAUGUUGCUGUAUGCGAGCGGCCGGAUACGAGCCCCUGGAGCCCACGGAACCGUCCAAGAAGAAACACCCCAAAGGUAUACGACUGAAGCCCGGGUCCCCUUCUAACAAGACAGACGAACUGAGAAGGAAAUAUGAUCUCAGUAAUCCAUAGAUCUAUGUUUUAACCCUUGACACGCUAACAUCAGUAUCAAUUUUAUCCGCAUUUCAUUUUUGUACUGACAAGAAGAAUUCGUUUAACAAUCAAAGCUUCUGAGGUUGGUGAUCUUUUCCUUUAUUCUGAUGAUCCUAAUGAAUGAUUUCGCAGUAUUACUGUAAAGAUAAAUGAAAUAAUGAUAACCCUUAGGGUUUGGAGGGUUGAAUAAGCGCCUUUUAAAAGUUCCAGUACUUACUAACGAUUCUAGAAACAGCUAUGACAAGUGGGAAAUGUUUCCAUGGGGGGUUUAUUAAGAAAAGCUCAGCAACUGAGUCGACUGCGAAAGUGGCAGGUUUAUCAUAGGGUUGUUUUGGUCUAGUUUCAUAUCAAGUCGUUCUUACGGUAAAAAUUGAGUAGCACGAGGCGUGCGAGGUCCUUACCUCACACUUAACAAACAAAAAGAUAAACCUCGGUAAUUUGCAAGCUUCGAAUUGAACUCAAAUUCAGACAAACAAAUUCACUUUUAUAUGUUGACUGGUUGGUUAAACAACUUCAAUAUGUCAUGCAAUCCACGUACUAUUCCAAAAACAACUCCUGUUUAAUUCACGAAAGAUCAACGUACAGCUCGUUGUUAAUGCAAAAAGCGAAAGUAUCAAAGGCAACCAUAUCUUACAAUUUGUAAGUAAAGCCGGGCGUUAUUGCAGAGGGCUACAUUUGACAGUAGUAAAAACACUGAUUUUCUUGUGGCCCUGUGACUGCGUUAGAAUGAUAGAGUGUAGUUUUGCAAUAAUCAUUUUUUACAGUAAUUUUUAUGGGAAGUUUUUUUUUUGGGGGGGGGGGUUGGGCACAUCAUUUGUAAUAAUGAUUGGUUGGUUACAUAGCAAUUUAUACUGUUUCCUCUCCACCAUAAAGGCCGUUGUCGGCCGGCCUUCACCGUAAAUUUACUUCGUUGACGUUCAAGUUAGAGUGUCUCGCGACCAAUCAGAACUAGAUAACCGUGGCGAAACAUGGAAGCUUUGGACUAAAUCAAGUUCUAAGAAAAACCCGUUGUAAAGCUUCGAUAACUCAUGUUAGGCACUCGGAUAUACCUGUUGUACUUUACUGUGCAUUUAUAAUAAAAAAGUACGUCUGCAAUUAUA